GUGCUCCCCGCCUCCUGUCUGGCCGCUUGGACCACGGGGACGAGGGCGUGACGUAGAGGACAAAGAGGAAGGGUGACAGCGGGGAGGGUGCUGGUGCCUGUCCUGCCUGUGGCAUUUGUGGAGACCCAGCUUGCGCAGAGGCCACCCUGCGGAGAUGUCCCGGCCGGCUGCUGCCUGCAUCACCCUCCUGCUUGGCUGUGCCUGGCUCGGCUCGGCCACCCAAUCCUCCCCAAUGCGCAGCAAAGGGAGAGCCUUGAUCCCCCUCACUCCCCAAGAAGAAGAUGAGUGUCCCAACGCCUCCAUAGAAACUUUCCUCAACAGCACCCUCACCACCCGCCUCCUCCCUGCCCUCUACUCUGUGGUCCUGCUCGUGGGGCUGCCAGCCAAUGCUCUGGCCUGCUGGGUCCUGGUGGCCAACUUCAGGAGAUGUUCCAGCACCCUUUUCCUGCUCAACCUGGCCAGUGCUGACCUGCUCUUUGUCCUCCUGCUGCCCUUCAAGAUCUCCUACCACCUUUUGGGCAAUCACUGGCUCUUUGGGGACUACCUGUGCCGCACAAUGAUGGCCUUCUUCUACGGGAACAUGUACAGCUCCAUCCUGUUCCUCACCUGUAUCGGCCUGGAGCGCUACAUCUCUGUGGUGCACCCAUUCCUGUGGAAGGGCGCCAGUUGGACACGGGGCAAGGCGAGUGUCUGUGUGGGCGUCUGGCUGGUGGUGGGGCUGGGCAUGAGCCCUCUGCUUUUGCACCCCCAGAUAAGUCAUAUCUCGAACCUGAACAUCACAACGUGCCAUGAUGUCCUGGACAAGGAUAAGCACAUGUUCCUUGCCUACUAUUUCCUCUCCCUGGUGGGGGUGGGCUUUGGCUUGCCGUUUGUGCUCAUGACCAUCUCCUACAGUUGCAUCCUGGUGCGGCUGCUGGCCAAAAGGAGACACUAUGGGCGGUUGGUGCAUGUCCUGGCCUUGGUCCUGCUGGUCUUCAUCCUCUGCUUCACCCCCAGCAACGUGCUGCUCUUCAUCCACUACAUGCUGGAGGCCAAAGGGUGCCACAACGUCACCUACAUCUGGUAUGCUGUGGCCCUGGUGCUCAGUGCCUUCAACAACUGCUUUGAUCCCUUCGUCUACUUCUACGUUUCCGAGGAUUUUCGGGGCUGGGUCCGGGCUGCAGUCAGCUGCUGCCCGGGAGGGCUCAAGACCUCAUCAGGGAGGGCCUCGGAGAAGACAGUCUUGCCCCUGAGGUCCAGUGAGUAGAGCCAGCUGUAGGCAGGGCUAGAGGGUGCUGGGCUGUGUCCCCCUGCCCCUGGGAGGGGAGGACCCUGCAGUUUGGUACCCAGCACGAAGGGCCAUGCCAUCCCAGGCUGGCAGCAGACGUGGGCAGAAAAUCCUGCCCUGGAUCUGAGGUUCACUAGGGCUUUGCCCCAGUUUUGCAGUUCCUCUGACGCCGCUGGUGCUGCCGCCAUCCCAUGCAUCCCUCACCACUCCUCCUGCAGUGACCAAACCCUCCAGAGUACAAAUAAAACUUUAUUUCUCCCCACUGGUGGAAGGAACAGGUAUAAAUACCCCAGCUGAGCAGGAACCGUCCUCCAUCGCCAGGACUAUGCGCCGAGCACACACGGCCAGCCCUGCUCCUGUUGACCCCCCACUAAAAUAUGCCACAGUAGAUGCAAGAAUGGAAGUGGGGGA